AUGCGUGAGUACCGGAGCAUAGUUGGCGUCUUGUUCUACGUUUGUCAUACCAGACCCGAUGUUGCUUUUUCAGUCAACAAGGUUGCCCAGUUCAUGCAGGCACCAUAUUAUGGAUUGGUGUUCUCGGCUGUGGAUGCUAGACUGAGUGUGAAAGCGUUUUCUGAUGCUGAUUGGGCUGGCGAUCGACGGUCUAUGUUUGGUUAUGGUGUCUUUGUUGGUGACUGUCUUGUUGCCUGGGCCUUAAAGAAGUAG